GGGGGGCGUUCCCCGUGGAAGGGGAUGCUUGUGCCCUGUAAUGGAGUCUCUCAGUUGGUGAGCGGCCAUUGAGGGAGUAGGGAUCCCUGUAGAGCGGGGUCAGGGGGCCGGUGACGGAGCUCCGCGUAUCGCCUAUCCACCAUUAUCGCCUAUCCACCAUUAUCGCCUCUCCUCUCCCGCCUUCCCAUCGCCGCGGUGUCUCCGAGUCUGCUGCGCGUCCCACGCGUGUAAAGUUCUCCCGCCGUGACCCCCAGAAGGUUGGCCCGGGAAGAUGGAGAUGAAGAAGCGCAUCACCCUGGAGCUGAGGAACAAGUCCCCGGCUGAGGUAGCAGAGCUGGUUUUAGACAAUUGUCGGUCAAGUGAUGGUGGGAUCGACGGCUUAAAUGAUAGUUUCAAAGAGCUGGAGUUCCUCAGUAUGGCCAACGUAGAGCUGUCGUCACUGGCCAAACUCCCAAAGUUGUCCAAACUCCGAAAAUUGGAGCUCAGCAAUAACAGUAUCUCAGGCGGACUAGAGGUAUUAGCAGAAAGGUGUCCUAACCUCAUUUACCUCAACCUGAGUGGUAACAAGAUUAAAGAUCUGAGCACAGUGGAAACCCUUGCAAACCUUAAACAUUUGAGAAGUCUGGACCUGUUCAACUGUGAGAUUACCAAUCUAGCAGAUUACAGAGACAGCAUAUUCCAGAAGCUGCAGCAGAUCACAUUCUUAGAUGGGUUUGACCAGGAACAGAACGAGGCACCGGACUCCGAAGAAGAGGAUGAUGAAGAAUGCGAGGAGGAGUACCCCGAUGAUGGAGCUAGCACUCCUGAAGAAUUUGAAGAGGAUGAGGAAGAAGGUGAAUCUGAUGUAGAAGAGGAGGAAGUGGGGCUUUCCUAUCUAAUGAAAGAGAUACGAGAUGAUGAAGAUGAUGACGAUUAUGUGGAAGAUGGUGGUAAAGUAGAGGAGGAGGAAGAGGAUGAUGAUGACGAAGAUGAAGAGGAAGCCGUUGAACGGGGUGAGAAAAGGAAACGGGAUGCCGAAGACGAAGGAGAUGAAGACGAGGAUUGAAAUAUUAAUAGGAGGCUUGGACCAGUUUUUGUUGAUUUUUUUUUUUUAAAUUUCUCUUUUCUGAGCCCUGGGGUUGAUGCUAGAGCGAUAAUGCAGAUCCGUGUCUACAUGUACAAUAGACGUCCCUGCAGAAUUUAAUAUGUAACUUUUUAUAGAAAAAGGUGUGGUUUUACAAUUUGUGCCCUUUUUAUCAUUCCAAAUAAGAUGUUGAGAAUCCUUAUUGGUAGUAAUCUUAUGCAGAGACUUCAUUCUGUCUCCCCCCCUUGUAAAUAAAUGUUGCCUGCCUCCACAGUGUGCAGCGGGCCCUUUUGGAAAUGAGGGGGUUACCAGAUGUAAAGCUUGUGCCACCCCUCCCCCUAUGAUACUCUUAAAGUUUCUUUGUAUUUUAAAAAAGCAAACUAUGAAGACUCCAUGCUGAAAGCACCGUCUAUAAUGCAUUAACACUUGGUAGCUUAUGCGUAAUAUUUGCAAAGCUUUGUCACAAAAAUGUUUUAACUUUUCCUACAGGUGUUUUUGGCCUGUCAGAUGAAGACUUUAUGUAGCAGAGGGUAAUAUAGGGCGAGCAGUUUGAUGGAUUAUACCUGCCUGCUGUGCUUUGACAAAUUAGUGCUGUGGGUAGUCUCAAAAAUGUGAAGAGAAUAACAUUUAGGGGGAUAUUAUCAAACCUUGGAGAGAGCUUAAAGUACCAUCACUCUGCUUCUCACUUACAUUUUACAGGCUGUGUUUGAAAAGUGACAGUUGGAGUCUUAUUGGUUGGUAAUUUCUCGCGCCACUUUCUCUCCCCAAGAGAUGAUACACCUCCCCUAUUAGCAUUCUGAAAUGAAUCUAUUGGUGAAAUAUAAGGGAAUUUAGAAAUCGUCUGAAACACAUGUAAGCAUGUCUGAUUAUUGUAAUAGGAUAUGGUUUACCUAGUUGCCUAGGAAUGAUUUUCUUUCGGUCAUUGUACUACUACCCAUAAUGGUGGUCAUAUACAAAUUACUAUAUAGGAUAUGGGCAGCCUUUGUUGCGCUAAAGUUCCCUGACUAAAUUUAUCAAAAUGUUUGUACAGCCCCCUGAACGCUUGAGGGAAUGAUAAAUUAUAAAGACAUGAAUGAUAAAGACGUGCAUAGGCAAUCGUUUUCUGUGAUUUUUUUUUUUGAUUUUUUUUUUUUGGGGUGAUACUAAAUAAACAUAGGAAUUACGCCUUUCCCAAUUACAUCUUUUUGUGCUGGUUAUGUUAAUUACUUCUGUUUAGUGCUCAGUCUUUUGCCAUAGGUCAUUCAUACGCUUCAUAGCCUUAUUUCUCAUCAAGCUCUUAAAUAGUUUCGUAGCUACAUUUGAAGUGUAGUAACACCACAAAAUGUAAUAUGACUUUUAAAAUUCAAAGCCGUUUUGCAUUAGACAUUGAUGUGUAAAGGGGCUUUUAUCAUGUCUGCCUAGAGACUCGUCCGUUCCACUGUUCUUCCAGUUGCAGAAAAAUUAUUGUGCUAUGUUCCUACUUUUCAGUCGGAUAUAGGUGACAAGCAUUGAUCUAUUCUUCCCACAUCUUUUAAUGAUUAUCUCUGUGCUAUUUUAUUAAAAACCAGACCAGUAUAGCAGUCUUUUUCCUUCUGAUGCAUGGCUGCUGUUUAUUAAAUGUGACUUAGACCUAGAGUGAGAUCUGUAUAUAAACAUUUACCAAAAACCCUAUAGCUUCAGUUGUACCAUGCUAUUUAAUGCAUCUUAAAAAUACAUCUUUGAGAAUCAAGACAGCCUUUCACAAAAACCUUUUUUUUUUUUUUUUUUUUUUUUUUUGGUUCGAGAUAUAUAAGGGUGGGUUUUUAUAUUUGCAGAGGAGAUUUGUCCUAUUUGAAAUACUCUUUUAUGGCAGUUUGUAUAUAGUGUGAUCAGUUACUUUUGAAUUCUCUUAAAUGUGUAACUUUUGUUUUUGAAUAAAGCCAUAACAGUGUUAUAUAGCCUAA